CUCCGCUGCGGAGGCAGCUGCCUGCUCUCCCUUGACCCCGACCAGCUAUGCCUCCGUCUGCUGCCGCCUGAGACCGAGGGCGACGCGGUUUUGGCGUCCCGCACUGCUCCUGGGGCUGGAACUAAAGCAGCGCCCACGCCGUCUGCAACUGCAACCGUAAUGGCGGCCCCGACGGGCCCUCCCACCAUCACUGGGCCCGCCUCCUGCCCGCAACGCUCCUCGGUGCCCUCGUCUCCAUCCCUCCCAUCCUCGCCUGCUGUCGCUGGUGUGGUCUCCAGCGAAGGGGCCGCCCUACCGGCAGGACCCACGGGUCAGCAUGCGCUGGUGGAAGGGGCGGUGGCGGCCGCCGUGUUGCAGCUGCCGCUGGGAGCGCUGUCGUCGCCUGGUCUGGCGUUCAUUGAGACGAGCUGCGGUGACGUGUUGGGUCGCUGGGUGCCGCUGCUCGUGGCGCCGUCAGAGGCAGUCGCCGCGGAGGUCAACACCUUGUGGCAAACAUGCGGCGCCGACCGACCCAUGGGUCAAACGUACGACAGGCCCCCCUUGGAGCCCUUCCUCUGCGACCUGGGGCGUCUGCUGCUGCUCCGGAGCGCGGGGGCCUGCAUGGAGGAGGCGGGCUACACCGAGGACUGGGAGGCCUUCCUGGCCUGGAACGAGCUGAGGGAUGCCAUGUCGGAUGCUCAGGAGGUGGCAGCCCGGCUGCUGCGAGCCUGCGAACAGUGGCAGCUGCCUGAGUGCGCCUCCCUGUUGCUGGCUCUGCAGCAGGACUACUAGCCUAGGUGUGUGAUAAAGGACGCAAUCAUACGGAAUGAAAGAGCGCUUCAGUUGGAUGAUGGCGUACCUGCACUGCGGCAAUGAUGAUUAUACAUGGUUCGAUCACUGAGACGACACGGCUACUUUUGGCAAACACACAAUUAGUACUGUGAAACGUAGAAGCGGUCGGUGGAUCCAUGUUCGACCUGCACCCCGCUGGUUCAGAUUUAACGUCGGGUUUUUGCCACGCGUACACCCAGGGGUGGUAAUUCUGUAUUGCUGAAUGCAAG